UUAGUAAAAAUAUGGGGGCACUUUGAUUCCCUUUACCAUUUGAUCAACACUGAUUCAGAGGAAAAUGGAGACCUUAACCUUGAAGUCUUCGAAAAAUCGAAGGAGUUUGUUGAACACUUUUGCUCCCUUGGUGAAAAGAGAGUUGGGUACAACAAAGCAAGAGUGACACCACAUAUGCAUGCCCUCUGCUACCAUGUCCCAUGCUUCAUCAAAAACUACAAAUCCUUCAAGCAGUUCACUGGACAGGGUGUUGAAAAAAACGACGUCGCCAAACGAAUUUUUUUUCCAAAAGUUGAACAAAUGGGAUGCAGCUAG